AGAGGUAGGGUAUGAUAGCCCUGGUACGGUCCUGUUUUUAUGCCUAAAUUAGUUUGAAGUGUAGUUUUUGCCUCGCGAAACUCUACAUGCUCAUUUAAACCGCUAAUGUAGAAAGACGUUUCUGUAACUUUAACAACCCGAACAGAAAAACGCUUGACGCGGAUGAAAAACGCCCCCGUGUAGUAAAUGGUACAGUCCAGCGGGUUUCUAGUUUGAGGACAGGAGAACGCCGCAGCCCAUCACUGUGCAUUCUGCCGGCUCACGCCUAUAUGCCGUAAUGGAGUGAACUGAGGUCCACUGGACUGGAGACUGCAGAGACGGGUCACAUCUGAAGAGUGGAACAGGAUAUUUACGUAAAAUAAAACGACAGAGUAAUGAAAACAAACAUGGAUUGUAAGGAGGAGAUCAGUGACUCUGAUAGCGGAAUCAUGUUAAACUCUGGCCCAGACAGUCCCACGUCACCCGUGAAAGACAUGAACAAACAUACACGUGCCAUGAGACUGAAGCAGCAGGCCCUGGAGGAACGGCUGGAGCUGUGUGUCCUGGAACUAAAGAAACUCUGCAUCAGAGAGGCUGAGCUGACUGGAAAAUUGCCCUCGGAUUACCCCCUUCUGCCCGAUGAGAAGCCUCCGCAGAUCCGGAGACGAAUUGGAGCCUGUUUUAAACUGGAUGAGGGUUUUAUUUCACAAGACGGAGAGGAGUCUGAGCUGCACGCGUUGGAGUCUGAUGUCGCCCUGCAGCGGCAGAUUUAUGAGGCGGCCCGUAAGCUUUCCCUGGAGGAGCACAUCAGCAAACCAGUGAGAAAAAGCCGACUGCAGCAGUGCAAACGCGAAGAGAAGAAACUGAAAGAGCUACAGGAUGCCGCGGUGAAACACCGCAUUAACCACGGCUGCGUGUCUCCACAGACCUGCUAUUCGUCCAGGCAGAGAGAUCUGGGUACUUCUGAUGACAGCUCACUGUCUGAUGGUGUUGUCUUGGAUGAUGAUUCAGAUGCCAUUCCAUUCUCUCCAGUCGUUCUGGGUUCUUCCACGGACAGCGGUUACCAGCGUUUGAUUCUCUCACCCAAAAAAGGCCCAAAGACAUCGAGCUCCAGCUCCAGUCUGGACUAUGAUGCCACACCCAUCCAGAACUCUCCGUGGAAGGAGUCCAGUCUAGACCAGCCUUACCAGAAACUAAAACCCUCUCUCUCUGCUAGCAGCAGUCGCUCAAGCAGUCCAACAUUUUCAACAGACACGAGAAUGGCAGACCUUCCUCCAGCACCUCAGUUUGUGUUUAAAAGUCUGCCAGUGCGGAACAAUCAACCCAACAGCGCCCCCUCCACCCCAGAGCUGCCACUGCGCCGACACAUCUCGCAGUCCUUUAGACUCCCCAGAAGCAAACCAGAACUGACUAAAACCAGCUCUGAUCUAGGGCGUGGCCGCACCAAGUUACCCCGUCGACGAGUGACAGAUUUUUCCCUGGCCUACUCGGUUCAACGUUUGUAUCAGUGCAGCUCAGAGGACAGCAGCUCUGAACUCUCCAUCUCCUCAUACAGCAGCUCAUCCAGCAGAGAAACAGCCAUAGAUGCACCCAAACCAUGUCCACCUCCGUAUGGUUACCAUCGCAUUGUUGCGAAUAAAGCAUCCGGCCGGCUCCCUACCCGCAGCCCACUUAAAAACAACAACCUACCUCAACCUGUGUCCAUCCCCAAUCGAGUGAAGAACAAUAAUGUGGCAGCACUUGAAGCGAACAUUGGAAGGCUCAAGGUUGGACAAAACUCACAAUUUGGUACUGCGCCUACGAAUAAACCCCAACAGGUGGAGGUUACAUCACCCAAACGAAUGCUCAAACCUCCCCCGCCAUACAACAAGGUGGUCCGCACGACGUCGCUAAGAGAAUACCCUAACCAUCCCGCCCGGGUGCUUCCUCGGGAUGUGGUUUCAGGGGAGCUUAAAUCUUGGCACCAGAAGAACAAUUUAGUUUUGCCCAGGCCAUGCUCACUCGAACGGCAGGGAUCGAUUCGAAUGAAGCGUCCAGAACCACCACCCUACCACCAGAUUGCCUCUCAAAAACAGAAAGUGAUCCUGCAAAGAGCUUCAGAUGGAACCCCAAUGCAGUGGUAUGAGGAAGAAGACUCUGAGAUUGUAAGUCAGGUGUAAGAUGUAAAAAAACAGUGGACAAAUUGUCUCAAUGUACUCCUUUACUUUAUUUAUUGAGCCAAUGGACUCGCUGAUACACUUUCAUAGUGAAAAUUAUGUUAAUUCUCACAAAGACUUUUUGACCAAGUAUUAGAGGUGCGCCAAUAAUAAAUGGCAGGUCACAAUUCUUUAAACCUACAUUUGUAACUAACACAUGAUUAAAGUCUACGACUUCCUUGUAAGGCAUCAUGCCAGAUAUUUAUGAUGAAUGUGAUAUAGCUUUUAUUUUAUUGAGUAGUAUUGAAAGUGUGGCCCACUUUUCCUAGGGACAAUGACUUCUUUGAAACCCAUGAACAUUACAUCAUUUUAUAUAUAUUUGUGUCUGGUACACUAUUCUGUUAAAUUUAAGUAUUUUGUAAUGUCUUAGUUUACCUAUAAUUUAGACAUGAAUUAUUAUUUAUGUAACAAUAUUUAUUUUUCCUUAUUUUAUUUCCCCUUUUCCUAACACGUUUUAUAUUUUAGUCAAAUCUUUUUUAAAACAUGUUGCUAUGCUACUGUAAUGCAUUG